UGUGGGCUAGCUUGUUGUUUUGACCACGUCCCCACUCCGUUGCCACCAACUCUGAGGGAACUAAGAAUGUUGAGUCAGAACAUCACAAACAUCAACGUGGGGGACUUUUUCCCCCGCCUGGAGUUUUUGGAGAAGCUGGUUAUAAGGAAAAGUCGUAUUGCAGUGCUUCAGCCAAGAUGUUUUGAAAGCUUGCCCAGUGUCACUGAACUGGACCUUCUUGGGAACAACAUCAGAAGACUUGGAGCAGAAGUCUUCAUGGGGCUAGACAGGCUUCAAGUUCUGAACUUGCAGGAGAAUGAGAUAUAUCAUGCUGAUGCUGCAGCAUUCUCUGGGCUGCCCAGACUGAGAACUCUCUUUCUAAGUAAAAAUUGCCUUUCAAGUAUUCCAAAUCUGCCAGCAGAGUCAAAUACUAGUACAUCGAUUGGCCUCAAGUUGUCUGACAAUGCUAUUACAUCCAUCAGCAGUGUGGAAGAGCUGGGGAAAAUCCUGUGGCUUGACUUGGAAGGUAACAAGAUCCAGUGUGACUGCACUAUGCGACAAGUCAAGAAAUAUAUCCUUCAGAAUAGGCAUUUGAGGUUAUACGUGCCUUGCUGGGUCGGUGCCCCUAGACUGAUCAUGAAAAGAACGUACUUGUCCAUGUACAAAGAAAUCAGGUAUGUAGACUGGGAUGACCUGAGAUGUUCCUCACCUAAUGUGUCUGUUACUUUAGACAACGAGACUGUAAACAUCACAGGUAACCUUUCCUUCACCUGCCAGACUAACUGUCGAGAAGGUCUGAGCUUCUGGUGGAUUACACCCAGUGGAGACUACAAGCCACCAAGCUAUAUGUACUCCAAUAACUAUACCCUUGAGAAAAAAUGGUCAUGCAAAGGCUCACCAGUUACAAGAUUGGAAACAAAAAGAAUGUGCUUCUCUGUUUUGAACAUUCCAGUCGUUAGCACAGGCACAGAAGGCACAUACACUUGCCAUGUGACAGCCAACCAUACAGACAAUGCAAGUGCAUCUGUUGUUCUCGAUGCUAGAGAAGUUCACAGUGCAACAACAGUUAAGCAAAACAUGGAAAGAAGUACCACAACAUACCCUUCUGGGUUAAAAACGACAGUUAGGCAUGUCACAUUACAAGGAGAAGACAAAAGUAUUGGAACUGAGAGCACACCUCACUCUAGUCCUGGACUGACUACAACACAGCUUAUCAUUGCCGGACUGUCUCCUAUCUGUGUGUGUUCCAUUAUCAUGGUUGGAGUGAUCAUAAAAGCUGCUUGCGGACAAAGGAAUGCUGCAGAUGGAAACCAUGAUAUUGAAGACACAAAUAGAGACACAGAAAGCAAAGGAAAGAAAGCAAACAAAGCAAAGGAAGAUCAUUACGAGAACGACGACCAGUUCUCAGAUGCAGAUGGUGCAAAAGGAGCUCAUUAUGAAAACAACGAUCAGUUUUCUGACACAAAGGAAGCAAAAGCAGGUCAUUAUGAGAAUGAUGAUCAGUUUUCAGAUGCAGGUGAAGCAACAGCAGGUCAUUAUGAGAACAGUGACCAAGUCUCUGACAUGGACAGAUCCACAGGAAACUAUAUGAACGAUGAUCAGUUUUCAGACAAAGAUGUAACAAAAGAAGGUCAUUAUGAAAACAAUGAUCAGUUUUCAGACGCAGGAGAAGCAACAGCAGGUCAUUAUGAGAAUGAUGAUGAAUUGUCUCAGUCUUAGAGCAUUUUUUCAGCAGAGCAAUGGAAUGCAAUUUGGGACCUCCCACGCCAGUUAUUCAAAUAAUGUUGGAUCUGGGUUAAGAAUUGCUUUGAACACCAUCCUAAAAAUGAAUAAAAAAUGCAUU